AUGAGAUCUAACAUCAAGUAAACACAAUACAUACUUGACUUUUCUGAUAUUGAAGAUAUCUCAGAUAAUGAAUCUGUGUCUUCGUCAUCUAAAAACAAUCCACCACCUGUAACUAUUUCUAGAUCUGACAUUAAAUUAUUAGAAUAAGGUGAACAAGGUGUAUUACUUCAAUAAAUCAAAAAAGAAACAGUUGAAAUACCUAACCUAAUAUAGGAAGAUUAAAUUCCAAGACCAAAAUUAGAUAAUCUUGUUUAAUAAUGGGAAGUCAACUUUGAUGAAUUAUCAGAACAAGAUGAUCUUGAACAAAAUAAUUCUUAACAUACUCCUUAAAUUAUUUAGGUUUAGAAAGAUCCAAGUCCACCUGUAGAAGAACCUUAAUAUAUUGAAUAAUAUUUUGAAGAUUAAUAAAUUAUUGAGGAAGUUGAUUUAGAUCAAUAGUAACUUAAAAUAGAAAAAUUCAAAGAAAUCUAAAAACUAAAUCUUAUUAACAAAUAAGAAAGUUUAUUAAAAACUUAAUAAAAACUUAUUGAAAAUCUAACUAUCACUACUCCAAUCAAAAGAGUUUUCCAUUAAGAAAUUUAAAUAUGCAAACCAAAACAAAUUAUUAAAUAGAAAUAUUACAAUCCCAAAAACUCUUUAAUCUAUCUAAGAUUAAAAGGUAGAGAAGAUCUAUAUAAAAAAAAUGAAAUUUUACAUGAUGAAUCACCCAAAUCUUAGGAAGUUGAUCAAUUACUUGAAGGUUUAGAUUGUAUUAAUAAUUUACUUAUUGAUUUAUCAAGUUUUAAAGAAAAAAAAUAAAACAUUGGUGAUAAAAAUAAAUAAAUUUCAUUAUAAAUCUAAAAACAUAGAUUAGAAGAAAAUGGUCAACAUAAUAAAGAUGAGCUAAUUGAUAAAUCUCACUAAGAAACUUAGGAAAUUAAAGAAAAAAAAUAAUAACAGAAUUUCUAAGAAGUAUAAUAAUUACAAGAAUAAAAAUAAAAAGAAAGUGCUUAGAAAUAAAUAGAAAGUGCUUAGAAAUAAAAAGAAAGUGCUUAAAAAUAAAAAGAAUCAGCUUAAAAAUAAAAAGAAAGUGCUUAAAAAUAACAAAUAUUAUAAGAAGCUGCAUUAGCAAAACAAAUAAGAAAAGAAAAAGAGUAAUAAGAGAAAGAAAAUAAAAAAUAGUAGGAAUAAAAGUAAGUUUAUAAAAUUCUAACAAAAAAAUUGAUUAAUUAAGGAAUGCCUUUAUAUAGAUGUUUAAUAAAAUAAAAAUACAGAGAUUUUAUUAAAUGGUUAAGAUUUUCAGAAAUCGCAUUAAUAAAUGAAGGUGAAAAAGAGAUCUAUAGAUUUGAGAAAAGAAUAUCAGAUUAAAUGUUUCUUUAAGUUCUAAAAAAAAAUAUUAAAUCAGUUACAAUAACUAAAUAAUUUAUGUUUGAUCCAAUAACAGUUCAUUAUGUAGAAUAAGAAUAAGAAAAUAAUUAAGAAGAGAAAUAGAUUUUAGAAAAAGAGAUAAUCUCAACUUCAAACAAUAAACAAGAUUCAGAAAAAAAGAUUAAUGAAACGAAAAUACUUAGUGAAUGCAAAAAACUAAAAAAAGAAAAGAAAAAACAAAAUCAAAUUCAUAAUAAAUCCAAAAAGAAAUCUGAUUAUAUUUAGAUAUAAGAUGAAGGAAUAGGUAAAGAAAUCAUUGUGUAAUAGCAAAAUUAAGUUCAAUUAAAUAGUGAUGACGAGAAUUUUGAUUUAUUGGAUGCAGAUAAAAUAUAGAUUUUAAAAAUAGCUAUUGAUAAACCUAAAAAAUAUGAAAGAAAAAAUAAUUAAAAAUAAGAUCAUUUUAUAGAAGAUCAUAAAUAAUCAGAUGAUGGAGUGAUAGUUAAACAGGAAAUAGAUUAAUAAAAUAUGUAAUUGUAAAAAGAUGAACGUUCUCAAUAGAUUUGUGAGCUAGUUUAUUAAGAAAUAAAAUAAAAAUAUUCAGAAUUAUAAAUAUUAGAAAAUUAGAAUAAAAUAGAGCUUAAAAAACAUAGAUCUUAUAAAAGGAAAGAAUUUCCAUUAAGUAGAUUAGAAACAAAUGAUGAAAUAAAAAAAAAAGAAAAAAAUUAGUAAAAAAGAAAAGAGAAAAAAUAAUAAGAUUUUUUAUAAUUAUUGAAUGAGAUAGAAAUUGAAUAAAAUAAAUAGAAAUAGAAAUCAGAUAGAAAAUUGAUGUCAAAAUAAUAAAAUUUUGAUUAAGUAAGACAAUCAAGUUAUGAAAAUCAUAAAUCAAAUGAAAAAUUGAAGAAUAAAUAAAAAAAAGAGAUUAAUGAAUGUUUUCAAUAAAUAUUUAGUAAGAACAAAUCGGAAUAGAGAAUGGAAAAGUAAAAAAUAAGUGGAAUAAAUAUUAAUAAAUUAGAAAUUAAUUAAUCAUAAUAAUCAUCAGUUCAUAGAUAGUCAUCAAAUGAGUAGGGAGUAAUUUCAUCAAAAAGAGUUUAUGAGUAAAUUAAACCUAGAAGAUUAAGGAGAAAUUAUACAGAUGAAGAUUCAGAAGAGAGUUCAUAAAGAGUUAUGGAAAGGAAUAGAACUAAUCAAAAAAGAUUAAAGAAAUGAUAAUGAUAUUUAAUUAUUCUUUUUAAGUUAUAAAUUGGAU